AUGUCUUCCUCUUCCUGCACGGGCUUCUCGAGCCCACUGCUGCCACAAACAAGCGCAGCCACCAUCACGCACCGAGGGCCGGGUCCGAAGACCACCGCGGAGGCGGAAACGCCGUCUGUCACGCCGAGGGGAAGAGUUCCGCCGCGGUUCUCCAGACCCCAGGACGCCCUCUCCUCCGGCCCCGGCGCCUCGGGCUUCCUCCCCGGCGCAUCCUCCUGCCCCCGCCCACCCCGGGCGGCCGAAGCCCGAACAGGCUGCGCGGCUGGCAGGGUGGCGGGGCUGCCGAGCCCGCCGCGACAUCCAUCGCAGCCCCACAACCCCGCCAAGCGCCGAGGGGCCGCUCGCUCCGCUCACCUGGCGGCCGCAGCCUCUGAAGCUCACACGCAUGUCACUGACUCGCCACUCGCCCGCAACGACCAGAGGCGCGAGAGGUGCGAGCAAGCGGACGCCCCCUCCCGCACCACCCGGCCCUGCCCCUCCCGGCCCUGCGGCCCGCCCCCGCCCUGCCCACCCCGUCCGCUUCCGCCGCAGCGCCGGCCCGCAGUGCUGCUGCUCCCCACGCCUCCCACUCACUCUCGUGAGAGCACGCACAACUCUCGCGAGAACAACUCCCUGGUCCAGCCCGCGCAAAAGUAG